AUGACGACCGAACAUCGUACGAUCGAGCAUUUACGCACAGCUUCGUAUCAUGCAGCAGGCCCGAGCCCCGAUGAGACACAUGGUACCCGUUGCGCUGGAAUAAUUGCAAUGGCAGCAAACAACUCCAAGUGUGGUGUUGGUGUGGCUCAUCAUUCUCGACUUGGAGGCUUGACUGUGCUUGCUGAAACUCAAUUUCUCAACGACGCUAUCGAAGGAGACGCACUCGCGUACAAAAGUGACCGCAUCGACAUUUACUCGGUCAGCUGGGGACCGAAAGAUGACGGUAAAGCGGCUGAGCGACCCGGCUCCUUGGCUCAGAAGGCAAUCGAGUUCGGCGCAAUUCAU